ACGAACGAGUAGUGCAUUCUAAAGAUGGCUGCUACUUUUAGAGUCAAGGAUGCUAUCAAAGUAGGAAGAUUACUCACAAAAUCGUUAAAUAUAAAUUUGCAAAAAAAUUUAAUCCAACCACAAUGCCUGAGACCAGUUGUUAUCUGUCAUUUGAGGAAUUGGUCAUCUCAACCAGAGGUCCAAACUACAGAAUAUCAUAACAUAAUAAAAGAUACAGAAAAAGCUGUAGGUAAUAGCGCUAAACAUGAGUUUCAAUCAGAGACUCAAAUGUUGCUACAAAUUGUAGCGAAGUCUCUGUAUUCAGACAAAGAGGUAUUUGUGAGAGAACUUAUUUCAAAUGCUAGUGAUGCACUAGAAAAGUUAAGAUACUUACGGCUAAGUAACAAUGAAGCAGCACAAGUAUCUGGUGACAGAAGCUUGGAAAUACAUAUUGGUACUGACAAGCAAAAUCGUAUUCUUACAAUUCAAGACACUGGUGUAGGUAUGACAAGAGAAGAACUGAUAUCCAAUUUGGGAACUAUAGCUCGAUCUGGUUCCAAGGCAUUUCUAGAAAAGUUAAAGGGAGAACAAAAUUCCAAUGACACUUCAAAAAUUAUUGGACAGUUUGGUGUCGGAUUUUAUAGCGCUUUUAUGGUUGCUGAUAGAGUAGAUGUGUUUACGAAAUCCUAUUUAAAAGAUGCAGAAGGUCUUUGUUGGAGUUCAGAUGGAUCAGGCGUAUAUGAAAUUUCAAAUGCAGAUGGUGUGCAGCCGGGCACAAAAAUUGUUAUUCACUUGAAACCGGAUAGUCGAGAAUUCAGUGACGAGGAUACUAUCAAUCGCAUUAUCAACAAAUAUAGUAAUUUCGUGGGCAGUCCUAUUUUUGUGAACGGAAAAAGAGCCAACACUAUUCAGCCGUUGUGGAUGCUGGAACCGAAAGAUAUUACACCGUUACAACAUGCGGAAUUUUAUCGAUUUAUAGGAAAUUGCUUUGAUUCACCGAGAUUCAUACUGCAUUACUCAACAGAUGUACCGUUGAGCAUAAAGGCUCUAUUAUAUUUUCCCGAAGAAAAGCCCGCAAUGUUUGAUGUAGCGAGAGACGCUACAAGCGGGGUGUCUUUGUACAGCCGAAAGAUCUUAAUCAAGAGCAAAGCGGAUAAUAUCUUACCGAAAUGGUUGCGCUUUGUUAAAGGUGUAGUCGAUUCGGAAGAUAUACCGUUGAAUUUAAGUCGCGAACUAUUACAAAAUAGUACAUUAAUUGGAAAACUACGAAAUGUAUUGACUGCGCGUAUAGUAAAGUUUUUACAUGAACGAUCUGCGAAGCAACCCGAAGAGUAUAAUGAAUUCUACAAAGCUUAUGGUUUUUUCUUAAAAGAAGGCAUUGUUACCAGUAACGAUCAAUCGGAAAAGGAAGAUAUAGGCAAGCUUUUGCGAUUCGAAUCUUCCGCUGCUGUUCCAGGAGAAUUAGUCAGCCUACCACAAUAUUGCAGUCGCUUAGCGAAGGAUCAAAAAGAUAUAUAUUACUUGUCAGCACCGAGCCGUACUUUAGCUGAACAAUCGCCGUAUUACGAAUACUUGAAAAAACGAAAUAUUGAAGUUUUGUUCUGUUACGAACCGUAUGAUGAAUUAGUAUUAAUGCAUUUGAGACAGUAUAAAUCUAAUUUCUUGACUUCCGUAGAGAAGGACAUGCGAGAUGAUAGAGAGGCAAAUAAGCUAGAAAAUUUAGGUAUUAUAAACAAGGAUGAGCUGGAUAAUCUUGUAAAUUAUAUGAAGAAGGUUCUUAAUAAAAAGGCAUAUGAUGUUAAAAUGACGAACCGUCUAGAGUCGCAUCCUUGCGUUGUGACUGUACAGGAUAUGGCAAGUGCGAGAAAUUUCAUCCGUAUGCAGAGUCAUCAAAUGAACGAAGAGAUGAGAUAUUCCAUUCUUCAACCUCAUUUUGAGAUAAAUCCAAAUCAUCCUCUUAUCAAGAAGUUGUGUAAACUGACGACUACGGAAACCGAAUUAGCUGAUCGUCUAAUACAACAGUUAUUUACUGGUGCCAUGGUUGGAGCUGGCCUAAUCGAAGAUCCGCGCAUCUUAUUGACACCGAUGAAUGAAUUGCUUACGUUAGCAUUACAAAAAUACUAAUUGAAUCUAAGGAAAAGAAAUAAAAAUCACACAAAUUAAGACGUAUUUUAAACACAGCUAAUGUUGUUUUAUGACUUGGGAAAAUAAGAAAAAUAUUCUUCUUUUGUACAUCUGCAUAUGGUUUCUUCUGCUUCGAUGUCGUACGUUUGAUUUAACACGUUGACUGUCACGGUGUGACCAGCGUUACUACAUUUUUUAGAAUGAUUGAUAAUGAGAUGAAUAUCAUCAAUUUUGAACAAAAACAUUUUGAACAAUGUAAAUAACUAGAGAAACGUAAACAAUUAGAAAAACGUUGUAAAAUAAGAAGUGCUAUUCAACAAAUAAACAUUUUUAUUAAAACAAUACUUUAUAAAAAUGAAAUACUACGAUGCACCAUGUUUAAAAUAUUUCAAGCAGAAAUGGAGCUGACUAUUGCAAUCUUUGCAAUAAUUAGGUAGUUGCUUUUUCUGUGCGAUUUGUAUUUUGCGUAUCGAGAUUUCUGACAUUUUUUUGUAAUAUAGUUUACAAACUUUUCGCGACAGAUACUCUUGUCUCUUCUUUUGAAUUUCAUGGCGUAACAAUCUCAGGAAUGUUGAUUUAUGAUACAUGUCACGUAAACUAUAGAUUUUCAGUACUGACAGUGAAUUCGAAUUUAGGAAUGCAACCCAAAAGUAACCACGUGCACUGUAAAGCCAUGGUGAUCACGGGUGACCACCAGCAAGAUAAACACGCACUGUUAAAGAAUAUGAUCUUAUUUAACCAUUACUUAAUAUUUUAUCAUUACAUACUUAGAAUUAUGAAAAUUCUAUUGUAUAACCCCAGGCAAAACAUAUAAAACUUGAGACUGCAUAGUAGUCAACGUGUUAAAAAAUAUACAACAGUUGUAAAUGAAACUGGACACCUUAUUGUAGGCAAGAUUCGUUUUCUUUAUUACAAUAGGUUGAUCUUGUACAAAUUAAUUAUAGCCUUACAAUAAUAACAAGUCAAGUUCCUCAUUUUCUUGAAAGAUUUCUUGAUAUCGAUAUGUAUUCUAUUAGCAUUAGGAUUAGGUGGUAUGGCAAAUUUAGAAAUUGUUGUGUACCCCAUGUUUUCCAUGUUUUUUUUUUCUUGUUGUCACAACUAUAAAUACAAUUUGAACAAUUGUACAGUUAUAUCUCGAAAUCUGUUUGAGUGGCACAAGCAAUAAAUAAUUUUAUUCAAUUAUUUUAUAAAAUACAUAUAUAUUUAUAUAAUGUAAACUUGUGAUAAAAUUAUUUAUUCCUCACUCUUUAUAAUUUUUUUCUAAUGACACAACUCACUUCUCAUAUUGAGUAGGCCUGAAAUUUAGAAAAAUUGCUAAAAAUAAUCACAACACAUAUUUAAAUAAUUUUAUAUGUUUUCAAUCAACUUCGCUUUCUUUUACUACUUAUAAACCACGAAAGAAAAAGAAUUUUAUUAAUUAUCGCUUUACUAAUCGUUUGUUACUAAUCCACCAGUUAUUGGACAAUUCUAAAAGAAUUUUUCGCGCGGUCUUCGCGUUUUGCGUAAGGUCACUAAACGACUCGUACACUAUUUAUAAAAAGUCCGCUGUCACAUUUAUCUUAUUUUUACAGUCUUUGACCAAUGUGCUUUAUCGUUUUUUUUUUUGUUUUAAAUAAAACUAAUCUAAAUAUUAUAUAAAUUUUACUUGUGCUUCAUUACUGACUGAAAUUUUAUGGAGCUCGUUGAUUUCGAGCUUGCUACAAUUGGCGUAAUUGAUUUUCAGUACUAAUUUUUGUAUAUAAUAGUCUAUACAUAUACAUACAUAUUUUUGUAUAUAAAAAAAGCAUGAAAACGAUCAAACUCCCAAAUUGUAUUAAUGUUGCUAGAUAACAUGCUUAAAUUUCAGAUAGUAGAAGCACAAUCCAAUAUCUUAACUUAUACAAGGACGAGAGACGAUGUUUUUUUUUUAUUCUUGGUCAACGUAAAAACAAAUCACCCUGUUUAGCAUUAUUAUUAAAAAUGUGAUUCGCUAAUUUAUCCUACUAAACACGAGCAGGAUAUAGCUGGUGUCCUUUACAGAACAGGAACAUAAAAUUGAAGUUUUUAACAAAAUUCUACAUGUAUAAAAACCGUGUAUACCUCACCUAAAUAAGCUUGACGCUACGAAAUAUCGGUUAAUAAAAAACGUAUCCUAAAUGGAAGUGACAAUGAGUAAAAAACCUUAGGCAUGUAAGUAUGAUGAGAGAUUUUUUCCUUGAUUCUCUUUUAAAUUAUAUAAUUGAAGAAAAUGCAUUGUUUUAUAUGGCAUUUAAGAAUGAAUUGGCAGAGUAAUAAAACGUAUAUUCAUUAUGAUAUAGUACACGAACAAGUUUCUAUGAAGAAUGAGAUGUAAAAUGGCAGAUUGUGGUAAAAAGCGCGACGAGAAUAUUUCGCGCGCCACUGAGCAGUCUUAUUAAAGUGUAGAUAAAUGACAAAAGCGUGAGACGUACGUAUACAGUAGCACCAUGUAUGCAGAUUUUCUUGGUUAAAUGGUGACUGAAGAGUUUAAAAAAAAAAAAAAAAAAAAAAA